AUGGUGGAGUUUCGGGGCCCAUGCUUGGUCUUCGUCCGGUACGUUGGGCAAGUGGCGGCGAUCACCAAUCGGAUGCUGCAGAAAUCCAACUGUCAAGCUUUCAGGGUUGCGACAAAGGGGGGCGAUGAAACUCGGAGAUACCCAUCGAGUGUGGACCGCUUGCUGUUCUCGUCAACGAAUGCAGCACAGGGUGACAGUCCGUCA